GAAGUAAGGGUGGCUGUCGUGCCUGGCUGCUAAUUUCACGCACUUGUGAUCUGCUGUCACCAACACUCUCUCAUCCCCGCUCGUCUUCCAGCUACCAGGCAGACGGCACCUUUUCAUUAGGCACCUUCAGGGGUAGAUUCUAGGAGACCCUUUAAUUGCCCUCUUCACCUCGACUGUUUCUCCCUCCGUCCAUCAGUAUGUUCUUGAAAGCUUAUUUUUAACGGGGACUGAAAAGUUUUCCAGGAAUUCGCCUCCCAUCCCAGAGCAGCGAAAGCCCUGAAAAGCCCACCUGGAUCUCAAGUACCCCAAAACUUCACAAUGGACCUGAGCUACGUGGACCGACUUCAGGACUCCAUCCCACCCGAGGGGUGCAGCCAAGAUACUGCCAGCCACGAAGUCGAGCUGAACUUUUCCGACCUCUUUGACUAUGAUACUGUUUAUCCAGAUGCUGCAGAAGAAGACACGAAUCCUUCACAUAAAACCAUCAGCCCACCACCCGGAGUUGCGUAUUCUCAUGGCGAAUUAUUCAUCAAGUCAUACAGUACCCUGCCAUACCAUAGGGAUGCCAUGGGCACUUAUGAACAGACAGAUAGCUUAGGGUCCAAAUACUGCUUCGACCCUCUGAAGGCUGCUGGGGCUUCAGCUUUGAGUCCAAGGAUUGAGAUCACUCCAUCUCAUGAACUCAUUCAAUCAGGUGGUCGCAGCAGAGAAUCAGAUAUAUUUGUAGAAUUCCACUCAAACUCAGCGGCUACUAGUCCAAGGGUUACAUUGCCUGUCCCUGGGUUUGAGGGCUACAGAGAACCGCUUUGCUUGAGCCCUGCUAGCAGUGGUUCUUCCACCAGCUUCAUUUCAGAGACAAAUUUCUCUCCUUACACAUCACCAUGUGUCUCACCCAAUGGGCCUAAUGAUGACUUGUGUCCACAGUUUCAAAACAUCCAUACUCAUUAUUCUCCUAGAGCUUCUCCAAUAAUGUCACCACGAGAAAGCAUGACAGAGGACACCUUCCUGGGACCACAUUCUCCAUCGUCUCGCCCCAGAUCACGGUCAUCAUCCCCAGGCUCAAAAAGAAGGUCACCUUCUCCACAGCCUUCACCACAGGUCCAUUUACGGGACGAUAGCUCAAGCCUGGGUUUUUCUCACUCUUCCGCUUCAACACUUAUGGAUGCCAUGAAUAGCCUUGCUGCAGAUCAUUCAUGUGGUGUGCCACCGAAAAUAUGGAAAACUAGUCCAGAACCAUCUCCAGUGGCUUCCCAUAAGAAUCUGCCCUGCCAUAUUUACCAGCCUACGGAGUAUUUGGGCCCUUAUGAUAAGGAGGAGAGACCAAAUGCAGAUCCUGGACCAAUCCUACUGAUGCCACCUUCAUGGCCAAAGCAACUGGUUCCGGCCAUGCCCUACUACAGUAUUCCUGUCACCUCGCUUCCUCCUCUCGAGUGGCCCUUGCCAAAUCAGGCAGGGUCUUACGAGCUUCAAAUAGAAAUGCAGCCUAAGCCCCAUCAUCGUGCACACUAUGAGACAGAGGGGAGUCGGGGAGCUGUAAAGUCACCUAACGGGGGUCAUCCGGUGGUUCAGCUUAAUGGCUAUAUGGAAAAUAAGCCUUUGGGCCUUCAGAUCUUCAUUGGAACAGCAGAUGAACGAAUCCUGAAGCCUCAUGCUUUCUAUCAAGUGCACCGCAUCACCGGAAAGACCGUGACCACCACCAGCUAUGAGAAAAUCGUUGGCAACACCAAAGUCCUGGAGAUGCCUCUGGAACCCAAGACCAAUAUGAGGGCAAUAAUUGACUGCGCAGGGAUCCUGAAAUUAAAAAAUGCAGACAUCGAGCUGAGGAAAGGAGAGACUGACAUUGGCCGGAAGAACACAAGGGUGCGUUUAGUUUUCCGAGUCCACAUCCCAGAGGCAAAUGGUCGGAUUGUGUCCCUGCAAGUGGCUUCCAACCCUAUUGAAUGCUCCCAAAGAUCUGCUCAUGAGCUCCCCUUGGUGGAGAGGCAGGAUAUGCACAGUUGCCUGGUGUAUGGUGGGCAACAGAUGAUUCUCAGUGGCCAGAAUUUCACUGCUGAGUCCAAAGUUGUAUUCACAGAGAAGACUUCAGAUGGCCAACAGAUUUGGGAGAUGGAGGCUACAGUAGAUAAAGACAAAAGCCAACCGAGCAUGCUCUUUGUGGAAGUCCCUGAGUAUCGCAGCAAGCACAUCACAUCUCCUGUGAAGGUGAACUUCUAUGUCAUCAAUGGGAAAAGAAAACGUAGUCAGGCCCAGCAUUUCACCUAUCACCCAGUGCCAUCUAUCAAAACAGAGCCAAUUGAUGAGUACAGUUCCUCCAUUGUUGGAAACAACAUACACGGUGGCAUAGGAACAGUGCCGCAGGCCUACUUUUCUCAGCAUUCAAUGGCUAAUGAUGCACCUUCUUGCUUGGUGGCUAAUUUGGUGCCAUGUCAACAGACACGAGCAAGUCUUCCAUCCCCGGAAUCCCGGUAUCAUCAACAGAAUCCCUCGACUGUUAUGUACCAGAGAAGCAAAAGCUUGAGUCCAAGCCAACUCGGCUACCAUCAGUCACCACUGAUGGCCUCACAGAUUGCAAUACCCGAUGUAAUUCCUGAUGCCCACAGAUCUGUUCUUGUCCAUGCCGGUUCCCCUGUCCAGUCUGUGCUCCACUCUUCUGCCAAUCCACAGCCAUCUCCUGUAAUUCACUAUUCUCCAACCAACCAUCAGGUGAGGCGUGGAAGUCACCAGGACUUCCAGCACAUAAUGUGCUCCGAUCAUUUCGCAACUAGUCCUACGAGAUCCAGUCAGCCACAGGUCAGCCAAGCACAGAGAAUGAGCCCAAAUCCCUUUCCGAGUGUGAUCCAGCAACAGUCAAACAGCCCAAGAGCUUCAAAAAAUGGUCCUUCUGGACCAGAUGAGAAAGAAAUGGGCCCAGGCGGAGUGACGGUGAAACAGGAAGAGAAUUUGGACCAGGCUUACCUAGAUGAUGAGCUGAUAGAUACAAACCUUAGCUGGAUACAAAACAUAAUAUGAGGCAGAGGGACAGUGAUCUAAGAUGCAAGAAAUGACAGUACAAGUUAAUGAAAUAAUCAGGAAGGAGUUUUCAGGCUUCCCUGGCAGGAAUCAAACCUAGAAGGACUCCAGCACCUUUCACUGAACGCUUCCUCGGUGACCUUUCUGGUUCCAUCGCUUGCCCCUGACUGCCUUCUGUUUCCUCUCUGGCCGUUACCACGAUAAGAAACAAUAUACUGGCGCGCAACUCGCUUUUGGCGAUAUAUAGCGGCUCGGCCCGUUGCUUCUGUACACAUCAAAGGGGACUGUCUUCCUCUAUUCGCUCGUAGGACUAAUUGUUCUCUUAUAAUAAACCCAUAAUGAGGGCAAAAAUAAAUGGUGAGGACUGUACAGAAAAGGGGGUUCAUUAUGGAACCGUCAACCAUCGUCCUUUGAAAACUACAAGGGGGGGGGCUGAACAAUCUGAGGUUAUAAACAAUUGCAAAUGUCAAAUGAUAGGAAGUAACACAGGAUGCAGGCCGCAGCGGUUCGAUAUUCCGUAAUGUUUAAAUGAUUCCGUUCCCAAAUUUCACUUAUAUUCUGCAUCUUUCAAGUUCCUUUUUCUGCCAUUUUGUGCCACCCUAAAGAAAAGGGGGUGCUUUUUUUAGCUUUAUAACCUAGGGCCCCCGCUCUAGAACUAAUCUGACUUGUGAGUGUAUAGGAGACAUGCUGCCUCUGGGUUGUAACCAAAGAAACAGUAAGCCAUAUUAGUACAGAUAUUAAACAAUUAUUAACAUGCAUGUGCGGUGUCAGCAGUCGGUGCCAGAUACGGCAAAUCGGCCAUGAUGUGGUCAGACAUAGCAGCCAUUAACCCCGCUGCGAUACUCUGCCUUAUCAAGGGGCAGCUGCUUGGUAGGAAGCAUCAGAUGUUGUCCAACAAGAGCCUAACAAGUACCAUCUUGAAAAAAAAAAUGAUAAUGGGGGUUUUAUUCUCUUCUGACUCAACAGAGUAAAGAGAGAGAGGCGUGGCCUAUGUCACAAGCAGGAAAUAGAACCAAAGUGGAGGCCUGAAUACUGUUCAGUGCUGCAACCAGAUUAUCUGGCUGGAAUUUCUUAAGAGAGGUCCAAAGAUUUAUUAUUGUUUUCAAAGGAUAAACUAUGCAGAUCGGUAUAUUUUAUGUUUUGGAAGUAAAUAUUAAAAAAAAAAGUAGUCUCCAUAAUGCACCUUUAGUUGUAGCGCUCUCUGCUGCUACUGUUGUCCUGUUGCAUUUACGAGCACUUACCAUAAAGCAGCCGGGAGUGGCCCUGGUUUUCCCAUUGUAACUAGAGUUCUCAGGGGGAAUCUCCGAGAGCAGAUGUAAAUAGAAAGUGCGGAAAUAUGUUAUUUAUUAUGUCUAAUCAAAUGUUUAGAAUGAUAUAAAUGUAACUAAUUUGCUUGUUUUAUAGAGUAUAUAUAUAUAUAUAUAUAUAUAACUGGCUUUUGUAUAUUUGUGUGACAUACGAUGCUGUCUGUGAGAGGUGAACUGUUUUUCUUUUCAGGUGUAGUUUAUUGUGGGUUAAUCUGAUAGAGGUACCAAGGGCUGUUUCUUUUACAGACUGUAUCCUAUCAGUCCAUUUCCAAAAGAGGCUUUAAAGGAGAACUAAGACUUAAUUUUGACUCCCCAAAGUCAUGAUUUAUUUUCUAAAAAGUCAUAAUUGCUCUGUUUUUAUUAUAUGCUUUUACGUCCCAACCCCUGUUUGAGUUACAGACCCCUUGCCCCUCCCCUUGUAAGUUGCCAUGACAGUAUUCUAGUCCAACCCAGUGCUUGAGUCACAGACUCCCUCGGGACUACAUACUUAUGUCAGCUUACUGGGCAAGGGUCUUCUAAGUCAAACUCAAGCACUAGGACAGUAAGACUCACUAAUAUACAGUUCUGCUAAAAUAAAUUAAGCUUUAGUUCUUCUUUAAAUGCACCAGGGUGUAGAUUAACCCAGUUUGUCUAGAGAGUCCCUUAAGGAAUCAUUCCCAAAAUAUACAUUAUCAUCCGUUUAUCUGUAUCCCUACUGUAGAUUCUGGGUCCAUUUCCAUUGAGUAGGUCUUAUUUUCUAUAAGAAACCAAAGUUACUCUUCAAUAAUGUACAGAGAGAAGGGGGUGUCAGCCUUGAUAUAAGCACUAACAUAAAGCAUUUCCAUUAUAUCUGUAAAUGAUCUCUGGUAUAAACAAUAAAUAUAUAGUAUUGCCAUGCCUUGCUAUAGCUGAAGCCAGGCCUUGGCCUAAGGGGAUAUUAUAUGCAUAUACUCACCAACCAUAAGCCUAUAACAUACUGUACAGUCAGUAUUGCACAUUAAGCCUUAAUCCAUCCCAUACGCUGCUUCAUUUCAAUAUAUUCCUUGUACACAGACAGAGGGUAUAUAGCAUUUGCUCAUAAUAUAGUGAGAAGGCAAGGUUGUCUGACCCCGGGUAUCAACAUGUGCCACUUUUUACUCUCAUCAUUCCAGAACAAGUUCUAUAAAUCAGUUUCACACAGUAAUCAAUAUUAUGCAAAGGAGCUCAGCCACUGACAAUCAGUAUGAGGGUACAGCUUACUGUGUGCCCAGAACAUUCCUUCUCUGUAUAUUUGUAUUUAUACAUAUGGGAGGGAGGUGCCAUAUUGUUUCCCUUAGACAGUACAGUAU